CCGCGGUGACGUCACCUGGCGCGCGGCGCGGCGGACCCCGGAACCAGCGGCGGCGGCGGGAGUGGAGCCACACGCGCAGGGUUGCCAUGGCGACGCCUCCCUCUUCUCCCCCCCUCCACCACGAUGGAGCUCCCCAGACCCCAACCUUGGUGCAGCCGGGUCCGGGCGAGGGGGAUGAAGAAGAGGAGGAGGAGGAGGAGGAGGAGGUGACGUCGGCCAUGGUGUCACCGGGGUGUCCCCGCGUGGAGGAGGAGGUGACGGCGGCGGUGACGGCGGCGGCAGCCACGUCGUCGCUGUGGUGCCGGCGCGGCGCAGAGGAGGACGUGACGGCGGCGGGGUGGCGGUGCCGCCGGAAGCACGUGUUCGUGCUGAGCGAGGCCGGGAAGCCCAUCUACUCCCGGCACGGCAACGAGGAGGCGCUGGCGGCCACCAUGGGCGUCAUGAUGGCGCUGGUGUCCUUCAUCCAGAGCGGGGGCAACGCCAUCCGGGCUAUCUGUUCUGAGGACCGCACACUGGUGUUCGAGCAGCGGGGCCCGCUGCUGCUGGUGUCGGUGUCACGCACGCGGCAGACGGCAGCACAGCUCCGCCGGGAGCUGGCCUUUGUGCACGAGCAGAUCCUGAGCCUCCUGACGCGCGGCGGCAUCACCCGCGUCUUCGCCCGGCGCCGCGGCUACGACCUCCGCCGCCUCCUGGCCGGCGCCGAAGCCGUCCUCGACCGCCUCUUGUCCGGCGCCGCGGCCGACGGCCGCCUCCUGCUCGGGGCCGCCCGGUGCUUGCCGUUAGCGGCACCGCUGCGGCGGGCGGUGUCGGGGGCUCUGCGCCGCUCCGCCGCCGCCGCCGUCCCCGCACCCGCCUUGGCGGUGCUGGCGGCCAGCGGGAGGUUGGUGACGGCGGCGCGGCAGCGGGCGCUGGCUGAAGGAGGCCGCUUGUGCGCCAGCGACCUCCAUCUCCUGCUCAACCUGUUGGGGAGCGGGGUGGGGGCGGGCGAGGUGUGGACUCCCGUCUGCCUGCCCCGCUUCAACCCCGACGGCUACUUCUAUGCGUACGCGGCGGCGCUGGGCGAGGAGGAGGAGGAUGGCGGCAGUGCAGGCAAUGGGGUGACGCUCAUCCUGCUGUCGACGGAGCGCGAAGGGUUCUACGCGGCCGCCGGGUGCAGGAGGCAGCUGGAGGAGGCGCUGAGGGCACAGGGGUGGCUGCAGGAGCUGAGCGCGGCGGUGAAAGCGGGAGCAGGAUACAGCCCGGCCCGGCCCGGCGCUCCCGAGCUCCGGCAUUUCCUGUACAAGCCUUUGGAAGGGCCGGAGGAGAUGCAGCAGCUGCCACAGUUUACAAGCCCCGAGCUGGAGGAGCCCUACAGCAGCGAGGAGGAGCAGCACCGGCUCUUUGACCUCUACCAUUACCUGCACAGCCGCGUGCACAGCCCGCACCGGCCCCUGCGCCUGCUCUACCACGUGGCCGAGAAGGAGACGCUGUUGGCGUGGGUGACCCCCAAGUUCGAGCUCUAUGGCUGCUUCAGCCCCUUGGUGAGCAAGGCCGGCGCCAUCGCGGUGCUCACCAAGCUCCUGCGCUGGCUGAAGAAGGAGGAGGACUGGCUCUUCAUCCGCUACCCGCCGCCAUAUUGUGCCGCUGCCCGGCCCGAGGGGGCCGAGGCCGAGGGAUGAGGAGGGAAUAAAGAGCCAUGGCCCGGGAA